GUUCAAUCUACUUACCGAUUUGAAAUUUCUAUAAGUUGCUUCUCUUUUGAUCAGUUCAUCCAAAAUUUCAGUGGAAAAGAAUGUCCCGCACCCAGAACAGCAUCAAUGUGUAUGUGCCGCCGGUCAGCAGUUUUCCGGAACCCAGUUUGCUGGGUGGCUACGAUCUCCAGGAUCGCAUGGAGUUACCAAAGCCGGCGGAGGUCCUUGAGGAUGUCCCCGAUGACCGAGAGCCCCACUUCCUUUACGUAAUCGACAGCCGGGGAAGGCUUUUGGAGCACAUUCGGUACUACGGAGACGAUUACCGAAUGGCCCUGCGAGAGGCCUUUACCACGAAGCUACUUGACCAUUCGGAGAAUAAUGCAGACUUUGGAAUGGGACCCGGAACCCAUCGAAAAUUGCAGACCGAAGAACCCAGCCAAUUCCAGCAAUAAAUAAAUUAACUGUUCCAAUUAAACCACUUCUUCACUCAAUUGGCUUCGAUUAAAUUCCUGGCAUUUUUGGCCUUGAUGAAGUUCACGAAUA